AUGAGAACCGGAGCAGCUCUUGUCUUGUUGGCCGGUCUGGCCGCCGCCUACCCGGGAGAAGUCCUGCGCAAACGUGCCCUCGCACCGCGCGAAGGCUGUCCCGCCGAACUCACCGCUGGCCAGUUCGAAUUCCCUCACUACAUCACGCAGAUCUCCAAGUCGCAACCCGACAAGGCUUUCGGACCCCAGCUGAACGGCGUCUUUACUCCCAACGACAUCGCCUCCAUCUUCAGCUUCGACGUGCCCGCUUCUCGCGCCGACGCCAACUGCACGCUGGAAUUCAUUUUCCCUCUCAAGUCGCAGCUCAAGACGUCCAACUUUGAGUACGAGGGUGCUGGCUCGUUCUUCUUCACGGGGUACAACCCCGGCAGCUGCCCGGGACCUGAGACGACGUGGAACAACCAGCCCGCUCCGGGACCAUUCCCUCCUUUCCCGGCUAUCCACAUGGAACCAGGAAAUGCCUACACCAUUGAUGUCGGCCCUUGCUUCGUGGGCGCGGGGACGUGCGUUGCCGGCAUGACCUCGACCAACGACACCAACUUCUGGUUCUUCCAGGACCAGGAUGAGUGCCCCAUUGGUAUCUACACGGCAUACGAGUACGGUCUGCCGCCGAUGGCCAUGCCACCCGUGUAA